AUGGAAACAACCAUCAUCCACCUUCUGAGCCUUCUGCUCUUGCUCUUGCUACUUUCCCACGGAGCCUUCACCGCCGGAGAUGCCAUCGACACGUUCAGCAAGGGCCGCAACAUCACUGACAAUGACACGCUCGUCUCGGCCGACGGCGUAUUCACCUUGGGUUUCUUCUCCCCCGGGGUGUCAACCAAGAGGUACCUCGGCAUCUGGUUCACCGUGUCCCGCGAUGCCGUCUGCUGGGUGGCCAACCGCGACCGCCCCAUCAACGACUACUCCGGCGUGCUGGUGGUCAGCGACACGGGGAGCCUUCUCGUGCGAGACGGCUCCGGACAGGUCGCGUGGUCGUCCAACUCCACAAGCACCUCCCCCGUGGAGGCCCAGCUCCUUAACUCUGGAAACCUGGUGCUGCACAACCAAGGAACCACCACCACCAUUCUGUGGCAGUCGUUCGACUACCCGUCGAACGUCAUGCUGUCCGGCAUGAAGGUGGGCAAGAACUUCUGGAACGGAGCCGAGUGGUACCUCACGUCGUGGCGCUCAGCCGACGACCCCUCGCCGGGACCUUACCGCCGUGCGCUGGACACCAGCGGGCUGCCCGACAACAUCGUGUGGGAAGGCGACGCCAAGACGUACCGCGCGGGCCCGUGGAACGGCAGGUGGUUCAGCGGCAUCCCGGAGGUGCUGACGUAUACGAACGUGAUGGAGUACGAGAUGGUGAUCAGCCCGCGCGAGACAACCUACAGCUACAUCACGAAGCCCGGCGGGCCCUUGACCUACAUCGUGCUGCUGGACACCGGCGUGGUGAGGCGCCUAGUGUGGGACGCCGACGCCCGGGCAUGGCAGACCUACUUCCAGGGCCCCAGGGACGUCUGCGACACCUACCGCAAGUGCGGGGCGUUCGGCCUGUGCGACGCCGGCGCCGCGUCGACAUCGUUCUGCGGCUGCCUCAGGGGGUUCAGCCCGGCGUCGCCGGCGGCGUGGGACUCGAGGGACACCUCGGGUGGAUGCCGCCGGAACGUGAAGCUGGACUGCGGCGGAGAUGGGGCCACGACGGAUGGUUUCUUGCUGCUGCGCGCGGUGAAGCUUCCGGACGCGCACAAUGUGUCCGUGGACAGGAGCACCACGCUGGAGGAGUGCAGGGCGAGGUGCCUCGCCAACUGCUCGUGCUUGGCCUACGCCGCCGCGGACAUCAGGGAUGGCGACGUCCGCAGCGGCUGCGCCAUGUGGACAGAUGAAAUCGUCGAUGUCCGGUACGUCGACCACGGGCAGGAUCUGUACCUGAGGUUGGCCAAGUCGGAGCUUCCGCCGCCCUCGUCGCCACAGGCGUUUCCUACUGCGCCGGUUGUUGGUGGAUCGGUAGCUGUCGUCGUUGUGAUUGUCCUUGUUUUGGUCCUAAUUGUGAUUAGGAGGCGGAGGGGAUCAACAAUUUCAGGUGCUCGUAGUUGUGCUCUCAGUUUCCCUUGUAUUGAACAUCAGCUUAGUCCUGCUCACAGUGUCACAUCUAGUUCUGCUCCUGCUCCGAUUGUCCCUUAUGUUGAUCUGCUUACUUUGAGGGAGGCAACAGGGUAUUUUUCCGAAAGCAAUAUCAUUGGUCGUGGAGGAUUUGGAGUUGUAUAUGAGGGGCGCAUACCUGAUGGUAGAAAGGUAGCUGUGAAGAGGAUCAUACAAUCUCCUCUACUCGAUGAAGGUGGUGAGGCUUUCAUGAGAGAAGUGGAGGUCAUGUCGAAGCUCAAGCAUGGCAACCUUGUUCAACUCCUUUCUUACUGUAAGGAUGGGAAUGAGCGGAUACUAGUCUACGAGUACAUGAAGAACAAGAGUUUGGACCUCUACAUAUUUGGAGAAGAUCCCAAACUUCGUGAUUUGCUGAAUUGGGAGCGUAGGCUGGAAAUAAUACGAGGGGUUGCGAAAGGUGUUGCUUAUCUUCAUGGACUAAACGAGGAAGUGAUUCACAGAGAUCUGAAACCGUCAAAUAUUCUUCUGGAUGACAAUUGGAAGCCUAAGAUCGCAGACUUCGGCACUGCAAAACUCUUUGUUGUUGACCAGACAAAUCCAACACUAGUACAAACAGCGGGGUACACGGCUCCAGAAUACAUAACGGAACGGUAUUUAACGCUCAAGUGCGAUGUGUACAGCUUUGGAGUUAUGCUGCUGGAGAUAGUCAGUGGCCGAAAGAAUAGAAACACACCAACGCUCCUUUCUGAUGUGAGCACACUGCUGACAGAAAUCCUGGAAGACGUUUUUUUUUCAUUUUUGGAAUGGACAAGCAUAACGUUUAACGCUUUGCAGGCCUGGGAAUCUUGGAAUCAGCAUCGGAUCACUGAGCUUCUAGAUUCAGCCGUGGCCCAACCGGAGCCUGAGCUCCUGUUCGAACUGGAUCGAUGCGUGCAGAUAGGCCUUCUCUGCGUGCAACAAUCGCCCAACGACAGGCCUACCAUCUGCGCAGUGGUCACAAUGCUCAACAACAGCAGCUCGCAGAUCCGUGCGCCUAAAAGGUUGGUGUUCGACGCCAUGACCGAGCCUCGUCUCCGCGAGGCAGAUCACUCGGCGAAGGAAGGAGCAUCCAGCACGUCGAACGGCAGCCACACGAUCUACCUCUCAUAGCAAGGUCAAGGCAAAUUCUGCAGGAAAGGUGUGAGAAUAACCAUGCAUGGGUAAAUUUACGAUGUGUGAACUGAAUCCUUUUAUUCCUUUCGAUUUGGGGAUAUGCUCAAAAGGUCAUUUUAGCUGUGGCAGGGUGUCCCUUGUUAUGUGAGUUCCUUUUGUUCCUUGUAUAGCCUUUGUUUUCCUUCCUUUCUUUGUCUGUACUCGUAACUAGU